GACUCGCCCAAAGUUCAUAGCAUAACCCCACUAUAUUCGGGCUCCAUCCUGAUUGUUGCAAAGUGUUCGCGCGCCCCGCUCAAUUCACGGCCCCAGCCCUGUGCGCGCGGUCCCGUAGCCAAUGUCUCGGCUACCGGUGCCGCUGCCUGCCGUGGCCGCAGCGCUCGGCGUGGCCGGCACCUUCGCUGGGCCCCGCACGCAACGUGGCGGGGAGGGGGCCGGGCCCGGCUGCUGGGACCAUGACGCCACCGCCACCACUGCCAACAACAACAAUACCAGCAGCGGCAUGAGCGGCAGUGCUGACUCGUCAGCUCCGGCCCACAGCUGGCUGCAGGGCCUGCUGACGCCACAUCGCCGCACUGCUGUUGCAGCCGACAGCAACAGCUCCGCCACCGCCACCGGAAGCGGCUGGGGCUGGGGCUUGCUGCUGCCACGGCUGCAGCUGCCGCUGCCCCUCCUCACGCCGGCCCUGGCUGACGCCAGCGGCUACGACUCCUCCGCCCCUUCCACUUCCACCUCCACCUCCGCACCCGCUGCUACAGCCGCGGCAGCGGGCGCCGCAGGCGGCGGCCAGCGCGCGGGUCUGGUGCAGCUGCUGCUGCCGCUGGGCGAGGGUGUUGCUGAGGGCGGCGACCCGGACACCAUCACGGGCGUGUUCCACCGCCUGGACCCCUCCACCGCCCGCCUGGUGCUGGUGCAGGUGGUGUUCAGGCACGGCGCGCGCACGCCGCUGAGUGACCGGUCUGAGCUGUGGGAGGGCGUGGCGUGGGACGUGUGCGGCGAGGCGUACAAGGCUGCGGGCGUGCGGCUGUUCUCGACCUCGGGUGUGGAGAACCCCGUGUCACGACACGACACGCGCCAGCGCGCCGUGGAGUUCGCGGGCGGCUGCCGCAAGGGCGAGCUGACGCGGCUGGGCCAGGCGCAGGCGCGGCAGCUGGGCGCCUGGCUGCGGCAGAGAUACGUGCUGGGCGGGGCGGGAGCGGGCGGAGAGGAGGAGGGCGGAGAGGGCGAGGAGCAGGGGCAGGGGCGCGGACACGGCUUCCUGCCGCCGCAGUACCAGGAGGGCCUGGUGUCGGCCCGCACCACCAACAUCAGCCGCACCAUCGCCACCCUGCGCGGCGUGCUCACCGGCCUCUACCCCGAGCUCCCCACCCGGCCCCCCCAGCACGUCUACGUGGAGCAGCUGCAGCAGCAGCAGCAGCAGCAGCAGCAGGCCGCGAGCGGCAGUAGCAGUAGCAGCGGAGGCAGUAGUGGAGGCCAGCCGCAGCAGGAGCAGGAGCGCCUGCCGUACGUGACCACCUCUAGCGACCUGGAUGAGAUUCUGUACGCGGACACUCGCGCCUGCCCGCACCUGCAGAGCUUCCGGGCGGUGCAGCGGGAGCAGGGCAAGGCCGCCGUCCAGUCCGACCCCGACUACGCCUGGGCCCGCGACGCGCUGCUGGCCGCACUGCCGCAGCUGCGGGGCGUGGACGCCGCCACCUUUGACAACCAGCCCUGGAUCUUCACGGAGGUGCACGACGUGCUGACCAGCCUGGCGGCGCAUGGCAAGCCGCUACCGCUGCGGCUGGAGGCGCUGGGGCCGGCGGGCGGCUGGGAGCAGCUGCCGCGGCUGCUGGCGGCGGUGGACCGACUGGCCACGCUGGAGUUCGCGACGGAGGUGGCCCCCAGCGUGCGAGACCGCUUCGGCCGGGCCGUCAUGCGCCUCAGCAUGGGCCGCCUGCUGCACACCCUGGUCGGCAACAUGAGCCGCGCGGCGGCGGCGGCGGCGGCGGCAGGGGACUCGGGGGUCGGUGCCGGUGCGGAGGUGGAGGCGAAGGAGCAGGCGAAGGAGGCGGGGGCGGCGGCUGCCUCCGCCGCCGCCUCACCGCGCAUGUACCUGUACAGCGGGCACGAUUCCACCAUCAUGCCGCUGCUGUCGGCCCUGGGGCUGGACGUCAAGCACUGGCCGCCCUACCUCUCCAACAUUGUCAUUGAGCUGUGGCAGCUGCCGCAGCCGCCCGCACCAGCAGCAGCCGCAGACGCAGCAGGGCAGCAGGACGCCGGCGCACCCGCCGCCUCAGGGGCUGCGCCUCCGCCUCCUCCGCCUCCUUCCCGGUUUGUGGUGCGGGUGCUGUUCAACCGGGAGGAGCUGGCGUUGCCGCACUGCCCGCAGGGCUACCUGCCCUCUCUGUCCACCUUCUCGCGCGAGGUGGUGGGGCCCUUCCUGCUGUCCGCCGCCGACCAGCCCGCCGUGUGCGCGGUCAAGAUGGGGCACGACACACCGCUGCCGCAGCCCAAGGCCAAGCCCGGGGCGGCACAGGCCGAGGCGGGGGUGGCGGCGGCGGCACAGGAGGAGGUCGCAAAGGCGGCGGCGGCAGCUGCCAAGUAGGAGGUUUGGGAAGACCGGAUCGCGGGGAGUGAGGAGGGCGGAGGUUGGCGGGCGCGGAUGCAGUGGGCGAUGAGGAAGGCUGUAAAGGCCAGGCGCGCGUAAAGGCCAUGCGCGCGUAAUGCGGACUGCUGUUGCUGAGUAGAGGCGCAUGUGUGUGGAGAGGGCGGGUUGGCACGGGCUUACGGAGCGUGUGCGUGCGAUUGCGAGGACGGUGGGAUGAACGGGAGGCCGGACCGUGUGCAGUGCGAGGAGCGCGGAAGCACGUUGGUUGAGAAGGGAGAAGGGAACGGAUGGGCGCGCAGGGGCAUGCAUCAUCCUGAGUCCAGCCGGCGACACAGAGAGAAGGCCGUGAUUUGCACCUUACAGCAUAGGGCACUCAGGUGUACUCGAGACAUGUCAUGAGGGCAAGCACACAGGUGCAAAUGGGCGGGUCUGCUGACGUGCGAUGUGGUAGUGAUGCGCAGUGCAACGCCACUACGCAAGUGCGUUGUGCGCGUGAGAACUUUAGGGCGCAGACCGGCAGUGGCUCCUGGUAGUGACAGGUGAGUGGCCAAGUGCUGUGACAGGCGAAUGCUAUGAAGUAUAUACGGCUAUUUGUUGGCCUAUUCCUCAGCUUUCCCAAGUACGUCAGUGCGGCGGCUGGUCGAGAUCGGGAGAAAGUAUUAGAAGUCCCGGGGGAGCAUGUGCCAAUGCGGGAGGAUCUUAAACGUUUCUAGGUAGCACAGUAAGGAGAGGCGUUGUGACUAUCUGCACGGAGUACAAGGGAAGGCUAGAGGAAGGGGAUGGCGGGAAGGCAGGAGGGCAGGGCGGCGAGGGCAUGGGCGAGGGUGGCCGGGAAGAGAUCGGGAUGGCAGCAGCAGAACCAUAGCCAUGGGGAGUGCUCAACUACGAC